CAACUAUUUUAUGUUAUUGCUUAACUACCAUCACUAGUAAGGCGGCUAAAUUAGCAAACAAAACAUUGCAAACAAUUUCCUAAUAUUAAAUAAAAUUACAAAAAAUUAAAAUUUACAAACAAAAUGUCUACUCAACAAUAUGAAAAUCAUUCACAAAAGUUCUUAAUUAAAUCUUUUGAUUAUCAAAAACAAUUUUCCCAUCUUUAUGCCCAUCGUUUGGCCGAAAUGUCGACAUUAAUGCAAAAACGAGCCAUUGAAGAGUGGGGCUCAAAGGUGCCCAUAAAGAAAUUGUGUGAUUUAAGAGAAGAUACCGAAGAGGAAUGCAUUAUUAUAGGUACCAUAUACAAACAUCAGGCACACAAACCCAGCAUAUUGAAAGAGAUUUCGGAAGAAAACCAGUUGGCACCACAGCCGCCGCGAGAAAAUUACUCUGAUCCGGAGGAUAAAGUAAUAUUGGAAGAUGAGUUGCAGCGUGUACGUUUGCAUGGUAAGGUAAGAAGUGAAGAAAUGGCUACGGGCAUUGUAUGCGCCGCCAUGGGUCUGAUAGAAGAAGAUGGACGUUUUGAUGUCCAAGGAAUAAUAUUUUAUGAGAGUGGUCCACAAAGGCCGCUAAAAGAGAAAGGCGGCGAGCAGCGUCUUUUGAUCUUGGUAUCUGGUUUAGAUUGGGUACAAUCUCACAAUUAUGUGGACUCCUUAAAUCUGUUGCAACACUGGUUAAGGGGCAACUUACUAAGUGGCCAGAAAGCGAAAAAUGUACGCAUGAUUAUUGCAGGCAAUUCGGUUAGAAGUUGUGAAGAGAAACGUGUGCCCACGCUGCAAACGAAAUCCAAUGAUUCCCAUGACACUAUCGAUGCUAUGAAGGCAUUAGAUGACUGGUUUAACGCCUGGUCGAGUUCAUUGGCCAUAGAUGUUAUGCCCGGUCCCUAUGAUCCCGCUAAUUUUAUGUUGCCCCAACAACCCUUCCACAGUUGUAUGUUUCCCACAGCCAGCCAACAUGAAAAUUUUCAAAGUGUUUCCAAUCCUUAUGCCUGUACAGUAGAUGAUGCUCUAAUUGUGGGUACGGCCGGUCAAAAUGUUAAGGAUUUAAUACGUUGCACAGCUAUAGAAAAACCCUUAGAUGCUUUGCGUUUUACCCUGCAAUGGGGUCAUAUAGCACCUACUGCUCCCGAUACCUUGGCCUGUUAUCCCUACAUCGAUUCGGAUCCCUUUAUUAUGAAGGAAUGUCCACAUAUUUAUUUUGCUGGCAACUGUAAUGAGUUUUCCUCCCUACUGCAUGAGGGUUCGAAGGGCCAGAAAACUAGAUUGGUUUGUGUGCCCAGUUUUGCCACCACACAAAGUGUGGCCGUGGUAAAUUUGGAAACUUUAGAAUGUCAUGAAAUAUCUUUCAAUUGUGCACAAGCAGAUUAAUAAUAAAAUUAAACAAAAAACUAAACAA